AUGGCCGACAUAUGCAAGAAGGAAAUUAAUGUCAAAGAACUAGAAGCUGAGUUACAGAAAAAAAUCGACGACGAUGCCCGAUACUGGAGGGAAAAUGAUGCGAAGUUCCGAGCUAUUGAUCAGAAAGUGGCUACGUACGAUGAAUUUAGGGACAUGGUAAAAGCAGCUCAUCUGCAGCCUGUGAAGAAGAGUGAGGUCCAACACAAUCCUGACAAAGCUAGGAAAAGAGUCUGGAAUACUGUUGCUCCAAAACAAAAGGAAAUUUCCCAGGAAAAUUACUGUCAGCAUGAACUGUAUAGAUUGGGCAAAUCAUCUGGCACAAUCGUUCCCACAACACUUCCACAGUUUUGCCAGGAAUGGAGAAGACUUCCCAAGAUAGAACACCUCAGCUUUCUUAAAACAGUAGGAUCAUUAUCAUUGGCCAAGGUGUUACAGUCAGAGCUGCCAGCUGUUGAAUUUGGAGAAAUUAUUAUGGCCCUUUCAGAGUACAGUACUGAAGAUGCCCCAUUUGUUGUCAGUCUGCUGAAAGUAUUUGCAUCUGCUAAACGUUUCAGAUUGGCCGUUCAGUUCCUGAGUGAUGAGCAACAAAAGUCAUGUGAGGCACUGUUCCACAAACUGUUAUCCGAAUCAGCUUCACAUCUUGGAAUUAAUAUGCAAACACUUGAAGAUUUAAGAAAACUUUAUGUUAUGGAAGGCAUACUGCACAGGGAUACUGCAACCCUUCCCCUUACAGGAGACAUGGAGAAGGAGGCUUGGGGGAAAGGGCGCAAUGCAGAGAUGAGGUAUGUGAUGCUGGGCUGUGGCAGAGAAGCUGAUGCAUCAGUUGUACUUACAAAGCAUCAUGAUAUAGUGAAGCUGAGGAGGUGUCAGUAA